GACAAAAUCCGUGUAGUACAACUAAGUAAAUUAUUUGACUCGUGAUAUCUGAUGGGAGGACUGAAGCACGUGGUUCCCAGAAGAGUUCACUUGGAGAGGUCCCAGCCUGAGCACAGGAAGAGGAGAGUUGGUCAGUACUUGGAGAAGAAGGCAGACUACAAAAAAAGAUCAGAACACUAUCACCUUAGGGAACGCCUAAUUAAAGAACUCAGUUUAAAAGGCAGAUAUAGGAACGAAGAUGAGUUUAAUUACAAGAUGAUAAACUCAAGAAUCGGCGACCAGGGCCAGGUGAUUCUUCCCACUGAAGAUACUCUAAGAGAGAAAAAACUAACUAAAAAGCUUAAACUUAAACGGAACCUGGACAAAAUCAAUACGAACCUCUUCGUUCUUAACCAUAUCACCAACACUCACAAAUCCAAUACUACCAAUGUUAAUACUGCUACUAAUAAUAAGGUUCGGAAUAAAAAGGGCCAUAUUAUAUUUUCCGAUGAAGAUUCACUUGAAAAUUGUAAAAUAGAUUCAACCCCCAAACCCAAUCUCGUGAAUGGUGAAAAUGUGUUAAAUGGUGUAAAACAAUCAAGUGGUAAAAAUUCCGUAAAACGCGUAAAACAUGUGAAGAGUGAACUGGAUAAAUUAAGGCAGGAGUUGGAGGAGAAACGUAAUGUAAUGGUAGGGAAAUAUAAAAAAAGGAAAAUAGGUAAAGUUAAAAAUUCAAAACACAUACACCACUUCGCAUUCGAACGUGAUAAAUAAAAUCACAAAUUUUAAAAUUCACUUCAUCCACGCUAUUAAUCGCUGUAACAUACUAAUGUGCUAUUUCUAUACAAUAUAAACAACUGUUACAUGAUAUGAACUACUAUAAUAUUGUUC